GCCCCAUACAAAAUCAUAAUUGGCAGCACGCGAAUAUCAAGACGCGUGCGAUGCUAGUUUCUCCCCUGUGACUCGUGCUAUUUUCCCACAGCCACAGACCCUUCUUCCUACUCCUCUUCUUUUCCUUUGGUAUUUGUCUACAACACUUUCUCUUAUGGUGUCAAGUGGUAGUAUUCCAGAUUCUAUCCUGGUUCCGCGUUACCUGCUCGUCCCGUAACUACCUCCCCACCAACCCCCCCGUCGCUCUGUCUCCAGUCCACGAGCCCAUUUCCUGCCAUUGUGCCUGUGACUCUGCUUGGUUUGCCCUGGACACCGUUAUACAAUGCCGCCUACACCUCUACUCCCUAGUCCAAUGAAGGACGGGCGUCGCGUCCUGGGGGCAAAGAGCGUAAACGCGUGUCUGUCACCUGCAGGCCCUCGAAACGCGGAUCGUCUUUUGACCGGGGACUCGCCCAUCAAGAGGGCUCUCUUUGAGAGCUCAUCGCCCAAGAAACACUUACUGUCUCCUUGCCGCAUCGGCGAGAAACGCACGAUAGACCAGGUGGAGAAAUCGGAAGUAAACAAACACAGCAAACCAGGCAGCCUGCAGGUGAGGCCGUCACAGUGUGAUGACGGACUUCUGCAGGAAGGCAGCUCGCAGGGAACGAUCCAGAAUAACAGAGGAAACCACGCGCCGAACCUGGACGUCUCGAACCCGAAACCUACACCAGCACCGCAAUUUCAAUCACAACCAGAGCCCACUGAAUCAGUAAUUGAUUCCAUCCACGGGUACGAUGCAGAACGAUACACGAGAGCAGUUCCAGAGGACCCCGAGGCGCGCAAAUCGUUCAUUGAAGAAAAAGCCACUCUUCUUCGAAAACGCAUUCAGACUGCCAUGCGUCAUGUUCGAGACCAUCAGUUCGACCGGAGACUCUCCGACCUGGAAGCCCACAGCCGCAAGAUCCCACGGUUAACAUUACCACCCACUACUCCUGUGCGAGAAUCUGUCAGAAAGGCCACAACCCCGCCAUCAGCAAAGACCGUCACUCUCGAAUCCGCCGCAGAAACGCAAGCAGUGUCCCCGCAGAUUGCAGCCACAUCUGGCGGCCUAUCGUCUCCCCCCCUCUCCGCCGGAAGUGGUAUCCAAGAGCCGGUCAAGACCCCGCCGCCUCAGUCGGGUAUUGAAACAGCGCUCAUGCAAUUGAGUAGCCCUCCUGCCACCAUAAUGCGGCGGAAACAGGACAAAGAAGAGUCGGAACAAAUGAUGGUAGAAGGUCGGAGUCAUGAAGAGGAGCCGAACAACCCCGACACGCCAUCCCACAGGGUUGAUGCGCUAGAUGCGUUGAUGAGGCUCAGAGAAACAGCAGAUAAACACGAGAAGCCCGAGACGUGGGCCAGCUAGAUGUGAAGACACAAUUUGGCACGACCCAGAAGACGUCUCGCUGUCCGGAAGCAUCACCAGCGAUGCCGAGCGAACGAGGACGACUUAAGUGAAUUGACUUGACACGGUCGAAGAGUCCAACACCUCGAGAAAGUCAGAGCCAGAGUUUUCUUUUCAAGAGGCGCUUGGGCUGGGCAAUCGGACGAUGCGCUAAUAAUCGGGGGGCUGAAGGGGGCAGGACGCCCCUUCCACCUGCCAUGUGCAUAUCUCGGAGUCACAUGACCUGGAAUGUUCCCUUUGAUGUCACGGUGAUGAACGAGGAGAAAGAAGAGGAAGAGGAGGAGGAGGAGGCCAGUCGGAUAUAUCUAUACCUACACCUAUACCCAUGUUG